GUGAAACAGCAUAUCAAUCGCCAUGUUACUAUUCUGUGCUGUAAUUUUUGUUGGAGCUAUUCAACUGGUUGACGCUGAUCCUUUCGGACAGUUCCCAUUUCCAUUCCCAAUCGGCCCCAUUGAUCCGUCAGAAUUUCUGAACGUAACGGAUCUAUCAGAGCAAUGCCUAACAGAUGUCAAUAGAUUCACAUCAAGUCUAAACACCUAUGUGCAAACCUUCACGGAAUGUCAACAAGCCGGAGGAUGUACUAAAGAGCAACAGAGAGUGCUCGACGAGCACAUUUUUGCCGUGCAGCAGAUUGACUCUUUUGGCAAAAUUCCGGCAGGAUUACUGGAGUACACAAUAGUCAACACUGGAUCGUACUCGGAAUGCAUGGAUUUAGUGGCACCUUACAAAGUGCAGUUCUGUUACGUGGCCGCCAACGUUGCCUUGGAAGGGCCCCAAGUAGGAGGACUUGGUCCAAAAGUUGCUGUUUGUAUGCCAAGAAGUUGCACUGAAACGGAUAUCACAAAGAUUUUGGAAGGCACUGGUAUACAGCAAUAUGUACCCAUCAACUUCACAGCUUCUGCAAAUUGUGUACCAUUGAAAAACACUUACUCUGCAAACUUUUGGAUAUUUAUAUGCUUUCUGGCAUUUUUUGUUAUAUGGGCGAUCGCUGCUACUUUUACUGACUAUGUUAUUGACACUUACUACAAAGACAGAGUCUAUGGUACAGGAAUGAAGGUGUUUCUCACCUAUUCAAUAUACACCAAUGGGGCAGGACUGAUGGAUGUGAGUCCCUAUAAAAAAGGAACAAUCAAAUCGUUGGCAUCAAUUCGAUUUAUCUCAAUGACCUGGGUUGUAGCAGGGCAUGUGCUUAUGGAUAUUAUGGUCAGCGACACUUUGAAACCUGUUAUGGAAAUAUGGAACCCAUUUUUAUCAACUACAAUUAUAAAUGCUUUUUUCUCCGUGGACACCUUUUUUGUCUUAUCUGGUAUUCUGGUUUCCUACCUCUUCUUCAAAGUUAGGCCUUCUGCCGCAUAUGUCAGGAAUCCUAUGGUGUGGGUCAUGCAUUACGUGCAUCGCUAUUUAAGACUAACUCCACCUAUCAUGGUGUUCAUCUGGUUUUACGUAGCUAUAACCCCGCUUAUUAAUGGGCCAUGGGCUCAGUCAGCGACGGGUAUGCAAACAUCCGCGUAUAAACCGUGUGAGAAAUAUUGGUGGCAUAAUUUACUUUAUAUAAAUAACUUCUUUAAUAUGACACAGAAUUGCUAUGGCAUAACGUGGUACCUAGCGGUCGAUAUGCAGCUCUAUGUUGUUGCUCCAGUCUUUCUCAUUAUAUUCUACAUCUCAUCGUUUGCCGGAAGCGUACUUGUGUGUCUAUGCAUUGCUGGUAGCAUAGCCUACGUGUACUAUAUCAGCAUACAUCUCGACCUUCCAGCAAUCAUGGUGGGAGCUUUUGCGAUGAACGAUGUAACAAACUUUGGAUUGAAGCUAAUGGACUUUUUUGAUUUGUACUACCAAAAACCAUGGAGUCGCUGCACACCGUACUUGAUUGGAUUUGUGGUUGGAUACUUUCUUGCCUCAGGAAAGAAACCAAAACUGAACAAAAUGCUGAUUGUAUCUUUGUGGGGAUUAGCCGCAGCAAUUGCAUUAGCAUCUCUUUACGGUCCGCAUAGGUACAUCAAAGGAGAGGAUUACUGGAGCAACAUAGUAAGUGGAACCUACAAUAACUUCUCGAGAUUUGGUUGGUCGAUAGCAAUAGCUUGGGUUGUAAUCGCAAAUCACUUGGGAUGGGGAGGAAUUAUUGCCGAUUUCAUGGAUCAUCCAUUGUGGCAACCGUUGGGCAGACUUUCCUACUGUGGAUACAUUGUACACUUUUUCCUAAUCUCAUACAUUCUCGACCUAGAUGAUCGACCCUCACAUUUUGUUUCAAUCUGGCGCACGUACAUAUACGCGGGUAUUCCAACAGUUGUUGUCUCAUAUGUUUUCGCCUUCUUUUGGAGCUGCCUCUUCGAAGUUCCUAUUAUAAGAUUAGAAAAGAUGUUGACUGCGAAUCUAACACCAAAGAAAAGUCCUGCUUCUCCCAAGCAAGUCGCGCAGAAAGCUACGAAGGAAGCAUAAGCGGAGUAAAAAAUAACGUUCCCUAAAUAACAGAAUGACAGAUUUGUUGAUGUCAAAUGGUGUUGAGCCUUCACAAAUCUCAUUCUGAGUACAUGCUCUCAAGCACCAAUUCGCGAAGCCGACUCUAACAGCGAUAUAAAGUAUUGUAUAAAACAAGAUAUUGG